ACCCCAGAUUCGUUAGCGCACUCCAUUAGUAGAAUACCCCGCUGAUCUCAGGAAUCCGUCUGGAGUAGCGGGCAUUGGUGCUUCCGUUUCUCGCCAUAUCCUCCACUAAACUUUCCUGUCCCCACGCACCCUAUUCUUUGAUCUCUCGACCUGUUUUUUUCUUCCUUCUACGUCCCCUCAUCAUCCUUCCGCCACCCAUUCAACUACCCAACUCUACACGCGCCACCGUCCGUACCGACGACCAUCAAGCUCGAAAAAUAAAAUACCUCCGAUCGAAUUUGUUGUUACGAAACGAUUUACUUUCGAGAAUACGCGGGCGUCAGACCGGACAUGAGCAAUUUUCGCAUCCACUACUAGUGACGUGCUGACAUCCGCAACCAACGCCGAUUAGAAACCGUGACUUAAGCCGUCAUCGACGCAUAGGGAAUGGGGAACUCGGUGUUGGACUUGACGCGAACACAAUCGAUCAACGAAAUCGAAGUCAUCUUGGACUAGAGAAGUAAGCCAGUCAAACCGCCAACAUGCCGGGAAUCCUGCCUAUGAAAGUGAUUAAGGUGGGCACCAGCUCACAGAGCCGCAUCGCCCAAGCCUGUGAUAGGUGUCGGAGUAAGAAGAUCCGUUGUGAUGGUAUCCGUCCGUGUUGCUCGCAGUGCGCCAAUGUUGGGUUCGAAUGCCGUACUAGCGAUAAACUCAGCCGUCGCGCAUUUCCGCGAGGCUACACCGAGUCUCUCGAGGAGAGAGUGAGGCAACUAGAGUCCGAAGUGAGGGAAUUGAAGGAUUUGUUGGACGAGAAAGAUGAGAAGAUCGACAUGCUGUCGAGAAUGCAUGACCACCGCCAACCAUCUAUCGGAUCCACAGGAAGCCCAAGGACAGUAGAAUCGAGAAGGGAUCCCAACUCGCCAACGAAGGAAGAUUCUUUUCGUGUGCAGGCCUCGCCGUUAUUGCUUGGCGUUGAGAAUUCGGAUUCGUACUUCAUGGGGCCUUCAAGCGGACGCUCUUUCAUCGAGUCUUUCAAACGCAAGCUUCAGGAGAACGGGAAACCUUGUUCUGAUUUCAACCCGGAGGCUUUCCUCCAUAUCCAGGGCUGUUAUCCCCUGGUUGCUAAAUCGUCAUCUCAGUCGGUAAAGGUACCGCCACGCCUAUUCUCGGAUAGAUGCGUCAACAUCUAUUUCCAGGAAUGGGCGCCACUCUUUCCCGUUCUUCACAAACCGACAUUUCUCCGCCUGUACGAGGAGUUUGUCGCCGAUUCGGAGAAGGUGAAAAACAACCACAAGCUUGCACAGCUCCAUCUUGUUUUCAGCAUUGCCGCCCUUUCGAGUGACUUGCCCGAUAUGGAGCAAAUUGCCGCCUGCGAGGUUCAGUGGCAAAGAGCGCUCGAAGCGGUUAUGAUGGAUAAUACGAUGAAUACGUUACAAUGUUUAGUCCUGGCUUUGAUGUAUUGCACUAUCAGAGCCGACUACAAGCGAUUACAACAUUACAAAGGUGUCGCCGUUGGGUUGUCUCAUAGACUAGGAUUGCAUCAAAGUCAGAAGCGAUUUUCAUUCGGUGCUCUCACCAUUGAGACACGCAAAAAGGUCUUUUGGACCUUGUAUACUCUCGACUGUUUUUCUGCUGCUAUGCUCGGGCUUCCUAAAUUGCUCAAUGAGGAUGAUAUUCACGCAGAGUAUCCAUCGGAUACUGAUGACGAAUACGUGACUGAGAAGGGAUUUCAACCGACUUUACCAGGGGAGUAUACCAGACUAUCGAGCGCGCUAGCAUUGUUUAGGGUAUCUCGCAUUCUUGCUGAUGUCCUUGAGAAACUCUACCCAGCUGCCACGUCCUACGAAUUGACUCUCCAGCAAAUCUCGGCGCUAGAUGCGGAGCUGUCAGACUGGUAUGAGAACUUGCCCGCCCAUCUCAGGCUGAAUUUUGUGCAAGACAAGCCAUCAACGGAUAUCACUGGGAGCAGAUCCCCGAUUCUAGCGCUUACAUACUACUACGUUCGAGGACUCAUUCACCGACCUGCUGUAGGCUCGAAUCUAGGGGGCAAGGCUGCUCCGGCCCUUAUCGCCGUCGGGGAGUCUAGUAAGCAUGUCGUACAGAUUAUUCAAUUGCUGGAAGAGAGAAGCAUGUCCUUCUCGUUCUGUCUCAACAAGUCAGACGUCCUCGUUCUGUGCGGGACGAGUCUGCUCUACCAGAGUCUGGAUCUGAAACAUGAGAGCAAGCUUAUGAAGGAUGUUGAACGACUUGUCAAUGCCGUUAUUAAAAUACUCCUUAGGAUGAAAGCCCCUGGUACUUACGACCUAAAACGGGUUGCAUCGCUGCUGAUCACCGUCGAUGUGCCAUCUCAACCUACGUCAGUGCGGACAAGCCCGGACACUACCAUGGCUGCUCCGCCAUCGAGGACGUCGCCAUUAAUGAAUCUAUCGAGAAAGAAGUCUCCGUACAGUGCCGGCCGAAACGCCGGUGCCAGCAUGAGCGAGACAGACUUGCUAUCUCAGCAAGAAAAGCUGCGACGUAUGACCAUACCGAAUAGUCAAGCUAGUCGGCCGGGGAUUCAUCGCGCACAGUCACGCACGUCGCUCGACAUGAGCGCAGAACAGUCAGUGCCACGGCGUGAUCAUCGCUUCUCGAUAUCUCAAAUCCAGCAAACGAUGAUGCGUAUGUCGCCCAUGAAUAAGUCUAAACAGCGAAACCUUGAUUACCUUUCACUUAGCGAGGCGCCGACCGAGCCUCAACCCUCGCCGUCGACACAAGACCAAAACUUGCCGCAACCGAUGACAAAUGGCCAACAGCCUCAGACACAAAUAUACCCUCCGCCUCAAGUGAUGAACAAGGGUGGCUCUGGCGGAGGCGUCUCAAUUUCCGAGUGGGAAGCGUUACUUGGUGCAAUGGACGGCGGCCAGAUCAAUGUGUACGACGCGAUAUACGGCGGACCAGCUUUGUCGCUCACGGAGACCCCAACUACUACGGCGACGACUCUCGGGGAAUGGUCGCCAGAUUCGUGGGAUCUUUCUAGCUUCAAUAUUGGUGAUCUAACAGCUAAUCCGGCGGCUCCACAGAGCGUGCUCAGCAUCAGUGAUGAUAGCCUCAGCUCAGGAGAUGACCUAAACUCGAAUGAUAUGUAUCUCAGAAUGGGCAGCGAGGACUAUCAAAACGGGUUAAUGGCACCGCCGCGAACUAGCCAUGAUGGGAACAUAGUAUUAGAAGGUCUUGAGUUGAACCUUGGCAUCUAAAAUAUCUUCUUUUUUUUUUGCUUCUCGAAAACAGUGGCGGAUUGGUCGUCAUGCACAAUCUACGAUAUUACUCUCUUUGGUAUGCGGCGUCGAUAUAUAGAGACGGCUUAUAUUCUUGGCAGGAUUGGUUACGAGUUGCGCGAACUGCGAGGGCUUUGCAGGUUUGGACAUUUGGCACCAGGUGUUUCAGGUACCCAUUGGCGCCUCUGGCAUGGUUUUGUUAUGCAAAUUCUCUUGGGCAAAUUACUUCGGCUUUAUCUACCUACGGGGGCGACUGUUUCUGUUGACCUAGCCAUUUCACAUACAUUAUAUUUUUCUAUGUACCUAACCAUGCUUGAUGUAACUACUUGUUAUAUAGGGAGGUACGAUGGAUGCCCUUAUAUGAAAAUAGGUUGGUUAAGAAGAAGGCGAAAUAUAAGUUUCAAUCGACCGUCGGGUCAUCCAUCAUAUUUGAUAAUGCGAGUAUGCAGCUUUAGCAUGUCCCAAUGCCGGGAUCGCGACUAGGUAGUAGGAGAAGCGUGUAAGCCACGUGUUGAGAAAAGCUACCCAUAACCAGGAUCUGAAG